AUGCUGCUGCAGAGCCGCUGCAGCAACGAGGCUGCUGCUGCGCAGGCUGCUGCUGCAGCUGCUGCGGGACUGGCUGGGUCCUCCACAGUUGCUGCUGCUGCUGCAACAGCUCUGUCUUCUGGGGAGACGCCUGAAGCAGCAGCAGCAGCACGACGUGCUGUUGCAGCAGCAACAGCAGCAGCAACAUCAGCAGCAGCAACUGCAGCAGCCAAAGGGCCUCCUGCUGCAGCUGUGUUGCGCCUGAUAGAAACAAAUGCAUUUAGGGAGUUGAUUCAUUUGUAUUUUGACUUGAAGGCAGCAACAUCUGCUGAGGUGUACAGACACCUCACAUCCCACCUCCAGUACUUCCAGCGUCACUGCGCCAGUUUUCGAGGGGCUGCAGCAGACCUCCAACGAGAGAACCGCCAGUUGCUGCUGCUGCUGCAGCAGCAGCAGCAGCAAGUCGAGGCGUCUCUGGUGCAGUUUGCGCAGCAGCAGCAGCAGCAGCAGGAAGAAGCAGCUGCUGCUGCAGAGGAGCAGCAUCGGCAACUGGUGCUGCACCACCAGCAGCAGCAGCAGCAACAGCAACAGCAGCACGAGGAGCAAUGCCAUCACCUCACCGAGCGGCUGCACAGCGCAGAGCAGCGAGUGCUGCAGCUGGAAGGCACUGCAACGGAGCAGCAGCAGCAGCUGCAGGCGCUGGAGCAGCAGCUAGCUGAUGCCCGUGCUGCUGCUGCUGCUGCUGCUGCAGGAGAAAAAUCCGCGCAGGAAGCAGCGAGGCAGUCGCAGCUGCAGCAGCAGCAGCAGGCAGAGGAGCUGCAGCGUGUGCAGCAGCAGAACAGCAGAUUGCAGCAGCAGGUGCAAGAGCUGAAUGCAGCAGCGCAGCGUGCGGAGCAGCAGCAGCAGGAGCGCAGCAGCCAGCAGCAGCAGCAGCAGCAGGAGCUGCAGCAGAUAAAAGCGGACCUUGCUACUCGUGCUGCUGAGGUUGAGCAUCUCCUUAGAGAGCUGGAGAGAGGGAAUGAAGUCGUCGCGAAGCUGCAGCAAUCACUGCGCAGCAGCAAAGCCAAAGCCAAGCAAAGCGCAGCAGAGGCUGCAGCAGCAGCAACGGCAAUGCACGAAACACAAGCGAAGCUUAAGGAGCUGGAGGAAGCGCAGCAGCAGAAGGAGCAGCAGCAGCAGAAACUGCAGCAGCAGCAGCAACAGCAGCACAAACAGCAGCAAAUGCUGCACGCAGAAUGCCAAACCCUUGCAUCCCAAGUCCAGAGGCUUCAGGCGGAAUUAGAGGCAUCGAAAGAAAUGAAUGCACGUCUCAACAAGGAACUGACCUCUCGUCAGCUGCAGCUGUACCUUGACCGUUACGCCAUGCCGCAGCAGCAGCAGCAGCAACAGCAGCAGCAGCAGCAGCAGCUGGAGAAGCAUGCAGCAGCAGAGGCAGCAUCUGCUGCCCAGUCUACCGCCUCACCUACUGUGCCUCUGUCUCCUCGUCAGCAGCAGGUGCAGCCCACAGUGCAGCAGCAGCUGCUGCUCCGCCAGCAGCAGUUCGCAGCAGCAGCAGUACCACCAGCAGCAGCAGCAGCAGCAGCAAUUCCAGCAGCAGCAGCAGAGUCAACUGCCAAGCUGCUCGCUGCGCUGCGGCCAGUACCCGCACCGUGUCGCCGUACGUAG